GUAGCAUGUCUGUCCUGGGCUCGGCUCCCCGGGGGAGCUGCAGGCGCUUAACAAGGGCGUCCACAGGUACCAGGCGCAGGAGCGGUCUCCGCGACGGCCCGGGGGCGGUGGCGGCCGGCGCGCCCACCGCCGGCCGGAGGCGCCCGGCGAGGUGGCCCAGGAAGCCCCCGCUCCUCGGCCACGCUCAGCUUUCCGCCGCGCCGGUGCCCCCGGCGGCCCGGGUGGGACGUGACCCCGCCCCCGGCGAGUCGGGGCGCCCCCCACGGAGGGGUGUGCGGGCCGCCCCCGGCCCCCGGCCCGACCCCGCCGCCUCGGGCCGUGGCGGGCGCGGGAGGCCCGGCCGGGAAGAUGUCUCCUGUUGGUGCGCGCAGCUUCGCGCGGGGGUCAGCGACGGGGCAGCGGCCGCCCGAGCUGCGCCGGCCCUGCCCACGGACCGACUCCCGCGGCCCGACAGCUGCCCGACGGGCCAGCAGGCUCCGAACGUCGACGGAGCCCGGACGGAGGUACCCGAGCAAUGCCAUGCUAGCAGCCCAGCCGCGUUCCGGGCAUUUCCCCAGCCAAUCUCUUGCUCUGGGGCCCGUUUAAAUUCUAAAUCCCACAAAGGACGGUGGCUGGGGCGUUACACAUCGGGGUUGGCACUAUUUGCUCCACUACGCCCUUGCUGAGCGGUGUCACACAAAUCUUUUUCUCCCUGCCUUGGUUUCCCACUCUUUAAGCUCUGACUCCUGGAAGCAGGGAGUGGAGCAGAGAGGUAGGGCAUGGAGUGAAUCAUAUAACCUGCAUAAACAGCCAUCAACUCUUUCAGGAGGACGUUAGCGAGACAAUUAUAAUGAUACCUUCUAAUUCUAUCAAGGCUUGAACUCCAAGGUAAAAGCGCUACGUAAAUGCAAGGUAUUAUUAUUUAUUACCACAGGUUUUUCUGCAUGCAGAACUUAGGGAGUUUGUACAGACAUUCUCUGCUUUGUUUCACAACAUCCUUAGGAGACAAGCUAAAGUGCCUGUUAGCGCUAUAUUCAUUUUAAAGAUAGACAACUGAAGUAUAGAAAGGUUAAAGAGCUUGCAUAAUUACUCCAACAGCCGACUGAAACAUCUCACAAACAGCAAAAAAGGUUUGUUAAUAAGAUAUCAUCCUCUUGCAUUCUAGUCACUGGGAAAUAUUCUUUAUUUUGAUACCAGUUUUGUUCAGACUUCUUAGAUUUUCAGAGCACUGAUACGAAGAAGAUAAUCACAGAAACUGUAUCAGA